AUGUCUCAACCAAGCGAUCUCCCCACCACCUCCAGCUCUACCACCACCAAAAACCCCGAAACUGACACAGCGAAAGCCAAAGCAUACGAUUGCUGCAUAUUCCUUCUCUUCAUCACAGUGUCAUUCAUACUAAUUGUUUCUGUUCCUGUCAUAACUCGUGGCAUAAUCACUCUUCAACCUGAAAUCCCUCAGUUCAAUAUCAGUUCCUCCUCCCUAACAAUCAUUAAUGUCUCCUCUAACACCAUAACCGCAAACCUUAACGUUACCUUCUCCACAGAAAACCCAAAUAGUAAAACCUUGUCCUAUGACAAAAUCGUGGCCUUGGUGCUCGAUGGGACUGAAAGUCUCUCUAGUAUUACUCUUCCACCCUUUCAACAACCUGGGAAAACCCGAAAAACAUUACAGGCUGUGUUUCCUAGCUUGUUUUUUCAGAUUAACGAGAAUUCUUCUAGCGGUGGAGCUGUCAAUUUGACAAUGGAGUUGCAUGCUAAGGCAAAGUAUGGAAGGUGGACGUGGCCUGUAGAGAAGGAUUCGCUAAAGGCAACGUGUCAUGAGAACGUGAAGGUGGAAUUUCCUUCAAACGUGACAACAUUGGUGUUUGGUUCUAGUGAAUGUGGCGUCAAUGGGCAGUGGAAAAGAAUUGUGACUAAAUGCAGCAGAAUAUUUCGGAAUUACAUUUAUGUUGUGGCAAUUGUUUUGUUCAUAUUGUUUGUUUCACUUUAG